AUGGCCGGCGAUGGAUUAAACGCACACAUAUUAGACGCCAUUGAGUCUUUGAAGUUGAUCGCCCGACUAUCAUGGCGGCGGAACUUGACUUCAUGGCUCUAUCUGCCUCUCGGAAUCCUAAUAAUCCUCCUCGCCUGCUUUGGGGUCGAUUCUCUAAUUCAUCUUAGUUCGGUUUCUUUCCCGGCAUCUGUUGCUCUGUUGAUUAUUCUAUUCUUUGGUUUGAUGAUUUGUGAUACGGUGCUGGGAGAUCGCAAGACUAGGGCUCUUGUAAAUGUCAUUGAUAUACCAGCCGGAUGGGCUCUUCGAUAUAUCAACAUUUUCUUUACCCCGUCUUUCAUCCUCCUUCCCCUGAGUUCUUCAAUUAGUGGAACUGAGGUUGGAAAAAUUAUAACUGUGUUCCUCGUCGGUUUCGUUGUCAUGGUCGCUGUGACGGCUUGGCUAGUAAGAGGAUUACAACUCAUCACUGGAACACCUAAACGAGGAAUAACAGAACGCGCCGAGGAGAUGGGCAAUGAAGACGAUGCAAUCCCCUUGGCCGAAUCCAGUCGCAGCAGACAAGAUUCCCAACUCCAACUCACACUUCCUACCGAUCCUGCUUCGAACUCAACCAGCGGCAUCUCUACUUCUGGCCAAUUCGAUGAACCCACCAACGGCUUGAUCCCGCCCCUUAGGACGCAAGACCCCGGCCGCAUCAGAGGGACGGGAGGUCCACCUGAGAGCGACACCUUAAUACGUGAGACUGGGCUUUCAGAUGCCCCCUCGCAGACCCCGCUUCCCCUGACUCGGCCACAGCGUUGGGCUGCUUUCAUUAACAUGAAUGCCGACAGACUGACAUAUGCUUUCUUAUUCAUCUUUGUCGGACUCCCGAUAUACUAUACCACAGGUUACGCCAUGCCGGCCCAGUUGACAUUCAAUGUUCUGGCCUACUUUGCCGCGCUUGCUUUUCCGCCGCGGUGGAGACAAUUCCUCCAUCCGGUCCUAGUAUCCUCCGCAAUUAGUAUCAUCGGAUUCUGGAUUCUCGGUCUCAUUAGGGGAGAAAACUUAGAUCAGGUGCUAGGCAGCUAUAAAACCGGCACUAACUAUCUCGAUCUCUGGCAUGGCGAAAAACAUCUGAAGGCUCCUGGCGCGGGAGACGUCUUCGGAAGUGUGCUUGACGCGAGUAUUGUCUCCCUUGCUCUCCCAAUGUUCUCAUAUCGGCAAGAACUACGGAGGCACUUCUUCGCCAUCGUUAUUCCGAAUGUCGCCAUCUCCAUUGGCUCUCUGUUUGGGUAUCCGGCACUAUGCUAUGCCAUUGGGAUCUCAUCCCAGCGGAGCUUGGCGUUUGCAGGUCGCAGCUUGACGUUAGCAUUGGCUACGCCUGCGACGACCAAUCUAGGUGGGGACGUGAAUACAAAUGCUGCUCUGGCAAUCAUGAGUGGGAUUAUGGGUGUGCUUGUUGGACCGCGGAUUCUUGAAUGGUUAAAGAUACCCCAAGAUGACUACGUUACUAGGGGCGUUACGUUAGGGGGCAAUUCCUCUGCAAUUGCAACCGCACUUUUGCUAGUGACGGAUCCUAGAGCUGCAGCUCUAUCAAGCCUCAGCAUGAGCUUGUUCGGCAUCAUAACGCUUGCGCUAACAUCAGUGCCACCUGUGGUUAGGGCAAUCCAGUCUUUGGUGGGGUUAUAA